UUAGCUGUGAAAAAUUUAUUUAAUGUUCGUUUUUUAAUAAUAGUGGUUGGAUGCAUUGAUGGCACCCACAUUGGACUACAAAAGCCCACGGUCAACGAGCAUAUGUAUUUCAACAGGAAGGGUUUUCAUAGCAUAAAUGCGAUGUUGAUUUGCGACCACACUACGAAAAUUCUCGCAAUAAACUGCCAAUAUGGGGGUGCAGCCCACGACUCAUUCAUAUGGAAGCAUUCAAACGAACGAAUGGUUAUGGAACAUCGUUUUUUGCACAAUAGGAGUGACAAUGCCUGGCUGCUAGGGGACUCUGGAUAUCCACUUGAGCCGUGGUGCAUAACACCGUACAGAAAUCCAUCGGACGGAUCAGGUGAAGCAAGGUUCAAUGAAAUUCAUUCCAAGGCAAGGUGCAUCAUUGAACGAACUAAUGGUGUACUGAAAGGUCGGUGGAGAAUCCUAGAAUACAACAAAAGAGGAAGAUAUGAUCCUAUAAAAGUGGCUAGGUUUGCGAAUGUGUGUGCAGCGCUUCACAACAUUUGUAUACAAUUUAAUGUGAGCUUUACAGCAACAAAUUCAGAGAGUCAAACCGCAUCUGACAUAGUGUCUGGAGAAGGCCAGUAUACUAGAAUCGGCCAAACAAUCAGAGAUCAAAUUAAAAUCUCGUUGAUGAACUCGACAUAACCAUCUUGUUUUCAUAUUGUACUAUUAUGCUUUUGAAGUAUAAUGCUAACCGACCUAAAUAAAAUAAAAUAACUCGAAACACUAAUGGAUACUUAUU